GUGUCCAUGCCACCUAGGAAACCCCUCCUGUUUGUGCUGAAUGUAUGUGACUCACAUGUGCUUUCUUAUCGGGCGGGCCUGCUUGAUCUACGAAGUGUGCUCGAUUAGUUAAUCCUGUUUUAGUUCCUCAUUGGCGCUGCCGAGUGGUCUGAUCAACAUUGGGCGGAGAGGAUUGUAGAACUGCACAGCAGCACGGGUUUACUGAGUAAGAAAAAAGGAAAACAAAACGAAAAGAGCGCGACUGAUUCAGACUAAACAUAUUAUAAUACACAAGAUAGAAUGGCUUCCAUCCCUAAAUACUAUGAGGGGAAGAAUGUCCUCAUCACGGGCGGCACAGGUUUCAUGGGCAAAGUGCUGCUGGAGAAACUACUCCGAUCCUGCCCCAAAGUCAAGGCAGUGUAUGUGCUGGUUAGACAAAAAGCAGGACAGGCCCCCGAGGCACGCAUAGAGGAAAUGGUGAUCUGUAAGCUGUUUGACAGAUUGAGAGAGGAGCAGCCUGACUUUAAAGAGAAGAUCAUAGCUGUAAGCAGUGAUCUGACGCAGCUCGAACUUGACCUGAGCAAAGAAGACCAAGAGAAGCUUGCUGACUGCAUUCAGAUAGUCUUCCACUGUGCAGCCACUGUCCGAUUCAAUGAAUCACUGAAGGAUGCAGUGCAGCUGAAUGUCCUGGCUACACAGAAACUCCUGGCCCUGGCUCACAGAAUGAAACAUCUUGAGAUUUUCCUUCAUGUUUCAACCGCUUACGCAAACUGCAACCGCAAGCUUAUUGAAGAAGUUGUUUACCCUCCUCCUGUGGAUCACAAGAAACUGAUUGACGCUUUGGAGUGGAUGGAUGAUAAAUUGAUAAACGAAAUCACACCAAAGCUAAUUGGUGAAAGGCCCAACACCUACACAUAUACGAAAGCUCUGGCAGAGCAUGUUGUGCAGCAGGAAUGUGGGAACCUCAACGUGGUAAUCAUCAGACCUUCUAUUGUCGGAGCUAGCUGGAAAGAGCCAUUUCCUGGCUGGAUUGAUAAUUUUAAUGGGCCCAGUGGAAUCUUUAUUGCUGCUGGAAAGGGAAUCCUGCGCACCAUGAGGGCUUCCAAUAAUGCAGUUGCAGAUCUUGUUCCUGUAGAUGUAGUUGUCAACCAUACACUGGCUGCGGCUUGGUAUUCGGGAGUUCACAGGUACACUAGGCCAAGAAAUGUGUUGGUGUACAACUGCACAACAGGCGGAGUUAACCCUUUUCACUGGGGUGAAGUUGAAAAUUGUAUAAAUGUGUCCUUCAAGAUGAACCCCUUAGAACAGGCAAUCAGGCGCCCCAAUAUUACACUCCGUUCCAACUCUUUUACGAUUCAGUACUGGACAACAGUCUGUCAUACAGUGCCAGCUCUGCUGUAUGAUGGGUGUCUCAGAUUGACGGGUCAGAAACCCCGAAUGAUGAAAACAAUCACUCGACUCCACAAAGCCCUGAUGCUGCUGGAGUAUUUCACCAGCCACUCCUGGGUUUGGAGCACAGAUAACACAACCAUGCUGAUGAGCCAGUUAAGCCCAGAGGACAAGAAGGUGUUUAAUUUUGAUGUUAGACAGUUGCACUGGGCUGAGUACAUGGAGAACUACUGCAUGGGAACCAAGAAGUAUGUGCUAAAUGAGGAACUAUCUGGGCUGCCAGCUGCAAGGAAACAUCUGAACAAAUUGAGAAACAUCCGCUAUGCUUUCAAUACUAUAUUGGUGGUCAUGAUUUGGCGUGUCUUCAUUGCACGGUCACAGAUGGCAAGAAACAUCUGGUAUUUCGUGGUCAGUCUGUGCUACAAGUUCUUGUCCUACUUCAGAGCAUCCAGCACCAUGAGGUACUAAGAAGAGUCAAGGGGUACGAGACCCCAGACAGCUAUGCAUUUGAUGGAAUGCUUUACCAACCCUGGACAGCGUUGUCAGUAUUUUGCUCUUCAUACUGACAUGUCAAAUUAGUUCUGUUCACUGCGUGUUCUAUAUUUGUAUGUAGCUUAUUCAACUCACCUUUCAACAUAUAUAUAUAUAUAUAUAAAUAAAAAAUAGAACUACAAGGCAUUAAGCAACUUUUAAUGUUAAAUGAGUAAACUUGCUUACCUAAUUGCACCUAAAGGUGCAGUAAACUAUGCUGAUUUAUGAAGGCAUGUAAUGAAACACAGGGCUGCUGUUUUUCAGGGUGGUGGUGGUUGCUCUACCCCGCUUUUUUUUUUGCAUGGGGCAAGAGUUGCUGGUAGCAAUAAUAUUAAGAGUUACAAUGUAUUGUGUGCCUGUGUAAGCACAAGACAGCUUGGAUCAGAAACGCCACUUAUAUUAGCAUGUGGUAUUGUAGUUUCCUGUCACUUUAACUUUUUAUUGUCUAUCAUUUCCCACAUUUCAUUUCAGUGCCUUUCAUUACAUAUUGUGUUUUCAUUCUUUUUUCAUUUUUCCGCAUUCCUGUACUACAAUGCUAGUUCAAGCUUUUUCUCAAAGUUUGACCAGCAGGCCAAAGGGUUUUGUGCUAGAAGAAAAUUAUAUAAUGUAUAUUUCUACCUACUACGGUGUCCAGUCUUGUUUGAAUGUCGUGCAGCCUUUAGAUUGCUUUAGGUGCUCCCUGUAAUCAAACAUUGACACUAAACAGUAGGCGUGAUAAGAUCAGAUUUCAUUUCCUGUUUUUCACACCACCGUUCUAGAUCCAGUAACCCCAUCACCCAAAUUGUGUAUAAUCCAGGAUGCGGUUUUCUGUAUUUUAUGUUAAACCUCACCAAACCUAUCUCAGACUGUGGACUUAGGAAGGCCUGUCCGUUCAAUUGAUGCAUUAACAAACUUGUUGGAAAGUGUCAGUAUUUGUUUGAGAGAAAAAGAAGCAAAUGUUAUAAUAGUGUUCCCUAUUUGAAUAAAGUAAUUUCAUUUUCUGGUUGCCCUGGUAAUAUUAUAAUAUUACAGGAUCUGUUUUCAAAUCUAAUUAUUCUAAUCUGUAAUUUUACAAGGAGGAAAAUGUUACUAAAUGAUAACAUGUUUAAUACUUAGUUGUGUGGUUAUAUUUGGGAGCAAAGUGCUAUGAGAAUGGAGUCUAAAUGUGUAAAACCAUACCUAAUAUUUAGAUAUUAUCUUUACUUGUCUAAUUCUUUCUGUGAUACAAUGCUGUCCUAAGAGGACCUAGCUCUGAAGUUGUUUGUCUUUCUGACGUUUGUGAGAAUGUUAAACUUUGUCAUAUUCUGAAUUUCAAUAUUGGGCUUGUGUCCAUCAUUUUAACCUGUACUUAUGAUAUAUAGCAAAAGGAAAUUCUUCCUUUUUUAAUCAGUUGUAGAAACAUAUGUUGGAAUGUAUAGUUUGGUCAUCUUUGGAGAGAAAGACAUUUGACAGGUGUUAGGAAUUUGAAUUGUGCCUGAAUUUUCAGACGAUGUGUUGAAACAAUAUGUGAAAAGAGAAAUCUGAGGACUGUGUUUUCUAAUCUGUUUCUGUAAAACACUAUUUAGGUAGUCAAUUUAUAAAAAAUAAAAUAAGAUUAGAAGGUUUGUUUGAAAGCAACGGUUAGAAUAAACCAUUUUAUUUUUGUGCUUAGAAAAUAUAAUGCAAUGUAUUUAUUUACUAAAAAAAAAACAACAAAAAAAAACAGCCACAGUUUAAAAUGUGGAUAAUGUCAGUCCCCAUUUUAAGGCAAGCUAAAUUGUCAAGAGGUUUCAGAUAUACUGAGAUCUAAAUCUGACUGAUUUAAUUUAAGUAUAUGCUAACGUGAUGUCAUUUAGAUGCAAGGGGGAAAAAAAGUUUAUCCAGUUUAUUUCUUUCACAAAGCUUUCAUUAGCCAUUUAAAGCUGCAAGGGUGAUGUGUGACCUUCACUAUAUCUGACACAUUGCAUGUCUGUAAUUGUAUAACCUGUUUCACCACCUUGAACUAAAUGGAGUGUUUCAGAAUACGUUAAACAAUUAGAUAUACUGGUUUUUGUGUCCAAUGGAAGUUAAGAUACCUGAAUGCAUGAAGAUACCUUGAAAUAUAGCUGAGCUAUUUCUGAAUAACAAUAUGGCUUUUAUGAACUUACAUUGUACCUAAUAUACAAACCAGUGCAUAGGUUGAGGACCACAACUGGUAAAGAAUGUGAGAGACCUUUGUAAGCACAUUUACUUUAGUCUUGAGCUUGUAUUUUCUUUUCGUCUAGUUUCCUAAUUGUUCAAAAGCUAAUUUCGAGGACCUUUAACCCCCUUCAGAUAUUUAAAUAUAUUAACUUGCUUCUACUGCAGACAAAUAAAUGCACUUGCAUUGGUUGAACUUGCAUGUUUUUCAGUGGACAAUUAGAGGCAAAUUAAUUGUGUUAUUCAAGCAAUCCCAAGUUGUAACACUGAAAUGUAGACACACCAAUCAAUUUGGUAACUCAACCUGUGGAAUACAGUAAUAUGGUUGUGUUCAAAGCAGAGGGCAUUACACUUGUAUUGUAUUUAACUGCAGACUAUACGAUAUUUUUCUUCUGUGGUGCUUUUUUCUUUUUUUUGUCAUCCUGUUCACUGUUAAAUCUUCUAUUUUUGUUCUUGUUCCAGUAACAUGGCUCGCCUGCUUGAUUUCUGUAGUGCCCAGGAAUUCUAAUUGAUGUACUGUAUCUCUUCUGUACUAUUUGUCAUGUUACACCUAACUACACUUUUAACUGUAAUUUGUCAUCUUUGGGAAAUUAACUCUUUAAGGACCAAGUGUUUUUGAAGAGACUUCACCCCUAAAAUGUAUAUCUUAUUGUCUCAACGCGAUUACAAUCCCCAAAAAUACUCUUCCUGUGUAUGUAUACAAGAUAGCUGUCCUUAGAGUACAGGAGAAAAAAAAUAAAUAAACUUUGCAAGUCUUGUCAAUGGAAACUUUAUGGGUGCCUUUGUUUGUAAACCAAAAAAAAUAUAUAAUAAAAUGUCUAUAUUACUGA